GCGGCAGCCGCGAUCGGCCGGCUCCCGUCCCAGGCGGCGGGCGAAGGUGCGGCGCAGCGCGCGGACGCGGGCGGAGGCGGGCGGCGGGCAUGAGGGAGGAUGGAAGGGCAGGACGAGGUGUCGGCGCGGGAGCAGCACUUCCACAGCCAAGUGCGGGAGUCGACAUGUUUCCUUCUUUUUGCCCUUCUCUAGGUAGUUUCCUACUUCAUCAUCACAAGAUACAAGAGAAAAUCAGAUGAACAAGAAGAUGAAGAUGCCAUAGUCAACAGGAUUUCGCUAUCUCUGAGCACCUUCACUCUAGCGGUUUCUGCCGGCGCUGUGUUACUCCUACCCUUCUCGAUAAUCAGCGAUGAAAUCCUGCUUUCUUUUCCUCAGAACUACUACAUUCAGUGGCUGAAUGGCUCCCUGAUUCAUGGUUUGUGGAACCUUGCUUCUCUCUUUUCCAAUCUUUGUUUAUUUGUAUUGAUGCCUUUUGCCUUUUUCUUUCUGGAAUCAGAAGGUUUUGCUGGCCUGAAGAAGGGAAUCCGAGCCUGAAUUUUAGAAACUCUGGUCAUGCUUAUUCUUCUUGCUUUACUUAUUCUUGGGAUAGUGUGGGUAGCCUCGGCGCUCAUUGACAAUGACGCUGCAAGCAUGGAAUCUUUAUAUGAUCUCUGGGAGUUCUACCUACCCUAUUUAUAUUCUUGUAUAUCAUUGAUGGGAUGUUUGUUACUUCUCUUGUGUACCCCAGUUGGCCUUUCCCGCAUGUUCACAGUGAUGGGUCAGUUGUUGGUGAAGCCAACAAUUCUUGAAGACCUGGAUGAACAAAUUUAUAUUAUUACUCUUGAGGAAGAAUCACUCCAGAGACGACUAAAUGGACUGUCUUCAUCAGUGGAAUACAAUGUAAUGGAGUUGGAACAAGAACUUAAAAAUGUAAAGACUCUUAAGACAAAAUUAGAGAGGCGAAAAAAGGCUUCAGCAUAGGAAAGAAAUUUGGUGUAUCCUGCUGUUAUGGUUCUCCUUCUUAUUGAGACAUCCAUCUUGGUUCUCUUGGUGGCUUGUAAUAUUCUUUGCCUGUUGGUUGAUGAAACAGCAAUGCCAAAGGGAACAAGGGGACCUGGAACAGGAAAUGCUUCUCUUUCUGCUUUUGGUUUUGUGGGAGCUGCACUUGAAAUCAUUUUGAUUUUCUGUCUUAUGGUGUCCUCUGUUGUUGGUUUCUAUAGCCUCCGAUUUUUUGGAAACUUUAUUCCCAAGAAGGAUGACACAACUAUGACAAAGAUCAUUGGGAAUUGUGUGUCAAUCUUGGUCUUGAGCUCUGCACUGCCUGUGAUGUCAAGAACACUGGGAAUCACAAGAUUUGAUCUACUUGGAGACUUUGGAAGGUUAAAUUGACUGGGAAAUUUCUAUAUUAUAUUAUCCUACAAUUUGCUUUUUGCUAUUGUGACAACAUUGUGUCUGGUCAGAAAAUUCACCUCUGCUGUACGAGAAGAACUUUUCAAGGCCCUAGGCCUUCAUAAACUUCACUUAUCAAAUACUUCAAGGGAUACAGAAACAACAAAGCCUUCUGCAAAUGGGCAUCAGAAAGCAUUGUGAGACACACAGCACCACUCUGCAAUCAAGAGACCUGAGAACCCCAGAUGCACAACAUUCCCAUCAGUCAGGAGUGCUUCACACUGACUGUGGUUCACAGUUAGGGCUUGAGCCUGUCAGGGUCAUUUUUUUCAUAGUCUACUAAGCACUUGGCUGUCACAGGUCUUCUCUUAAUUUAACUUUGUGGUGGACCCUGUAGUUUCUAGCCAAAUGCAGAUUCCUUAGGGCAGCACAUUCUUCUGUGGACACAUUUGCUUGCAUCUGUCGAUACAAUCACCCAUUUGAGAAUGUUAGAAAAGGCAGACUUUGGAGCUUUCUAAGGAUUCACUUAAAUCCCAUUAUAUAUUUUAUUCAAAAUGUAGAAGCCUAUGUGAAGGGCAUCCUCGAUGCUUGGAUGUGAGUGAAAGUUCUGCAAAAAAAUCCAGGUUUAUAGAUUGUCAUUGUUAUAGUGGGUGGAACUGUAAUGGUUGCAGAUUAUAUUUUUCACUUCCUUAAAAAAAAAACAAAAGCAUAGUUCUGAUUUCUGUUACGAAUGAUAUUGACUGGACUUUGAGUCAUGGGAAAAAUAUAAAAUUCUUUUCAAACCUGAGCCUUGGGAGCCACUCCAGGUGUGCCGUCUACUGUGCAGUGAAAGGCACUGUGGUAGGAAUCUGAUGAACCAGUUCACCGACAGCGCAUGUGUAUAUAAAUUCAGUGUUACCUCUCAUAACAGAGUUGCCAGUGUUGAAAACACUUGUAACUUAGAUUUUGCCUUAUAGGCUAUAUGUACACUCCGUUUUUUUAAGCAUUUUUUCCCAAAAAUCCCUUAAUUCCCUGUGCUCCCGUGUCCAUUAUGAAACUAUAAAUGCUCUGUGGUAGAAGCCUCUUCUUUCACAUUCUUUAGGCUUUCGUUACUUUUGUAUAUGCCAAUUUAAACCUCAGACUUAAAGAAGUUACCAGUUUAACACCCAAAAUGCACAGCAUCAGCAUUCAUGAUGUAAGAAUAGUUUUGCAUUGUACCAUGAUCUGAUAAUCAUUCAGUUAUUAAAUUAUAAAUAAUUCUUGGGAUGGUUUCUUGACUUCAAGUCCAAAAUAAAAUUAUAAAAUUAUACUCUGUGUUACCAUCCACUAGGAUAGAGUAUCAAAAAUUAUGCAUGCAAAAAUAUGAGAUGGGCCCAUUUGCACAUAAUUCAUAGUUAUGCAGUCUCUCUAAAUACAUAUGUUCAUAUGCACUAUGUGUAUGGCAAUAGAUUGUCUGUGUUCAGACAAAAGUAAAAACAUUUUUCUUAAAUUGUUGAAUUUAAAAGUUUUUGGGGGGAAAUUUAUGAAAAACAGGCUGUAUAUAUUUGACAUCAGAAAUUUCCACUUAAAACCAAAAUAAUAUGAAAAAUUAAUCUGUAUAUUUGUAAACUUCAUUGAGUAUACUUCUUUUUUUAUUUGUAGGUCUGCAUUUCCUUCUGAGCUUCUCUUCUUGUUAAAAUGCAGCUUAGUUUUAAAAUAAAAGAACAUUUUGUGAUUCUAAACAACACUUAGUAAAUACCACCAGUCUAGUAUUGGUGAAUUUCUCAGCAUAAGAUCUGCAUACUAAGAAAAUUAAUAAAAGUUGGUUGCUUUCUAA